GUGAGAAGGCUCGUGCAAGUACACAAGGACGGAAAAUAAAUUAGUAGCUUAAACUGUGGCAUAUGCCCAGGAUAUCAAUGAAGCCAACAAACACGGAACUCUUCUCGAUUUUCAAGGGACCGAAUCUAAGAAUCUUCCACUCUCACGUACAUCAUCAGGAUAUAAGCCAUGACAAUUUCACCAUAUACUUUUCCUAAUUAUUUUAAUUCCUCUUCAGCCCUUCAAAACUUCAACCUUUCUUCUCCCUCUUCACUGCAACAAAAACAGAGCUUCUCUUGUUUUAAAAUUACACCUUUCUCUCUUGUUCGUAACCGGGUUCCUGUUCUUUGUUUCUCAUCUCUUCAAGACGAUAUGGAUCCCGCCACCGGCACGAGUUUGUACCCAUCUCACCGAUGCAAAACUAUUCACCUGGUGAGGCAUGCUCAGGGUAUUCACAAUGUAGCCGGGGAAAAGAGCCAUGAUGCUUACAUGUCUUAUGAUUAUUUUGAUGCAUACCUUACCCCACUCGGCUGGCAGCAGGUGGAAAAUUUGCACAAGCAUGUUCAUGAAGUUGGACUUUCUAAGAAAAUUGAGUUGGUCAUCACUUCCCCUUUAUUAAGGACUAUGCAAACAGCAGUAGGAGUCUUUGGUGGUGAAGGGUAUGUAGAUGGGAUAGAUGCACCUCCAUUGAUGGUGGAAAAAGCAGGGAGCAGUGAUCGUUCUGCAAUCUCAAGUCUAAAUUGCCCACCAUUUAUGGCAGUUGAGCUUUGCCGAGAACAUUUGGGAGUUCAUCCAUGUGAUAAGAGAAGAAGCAUCAGCGAGUAUCAAACUCUUUUUCCUGCUAUUGAUUUUUCACUGAUAGAAAACGAUGAUGACAUUUUGUGGACGGCUGACACUAGAGAGACGAACGAACAUGUUGCAAAGAGGGGAAUGGAGUUUAUAAACUGGCUGUGGACUCGAAAAGAGAAGGAGAUCGCAGUUGUUACUCACAGUGGAUUCUUAUAUCAUACCCUAAGUGCAUUUGGAAAUGAUUGUCAUCCAUCUAUAAAGGAUGGAAUACGUAAACACUUUGCUAAUUGUGAGCUUCGCUCAAUGGUUAUUGUUGACAUAGUUACAAAGAUACGGUGGUUGUUGAAAAACUGA